AUGGGUCGCUUCGGUCUCCUUCCUUUGGCUUUCUUCUCGCUCCAGGCGCUCUUUGCCGGAUGUCAUGCGACAGCAUCAGAAAGUGAUGAGGCUCCCGCAGCCCCCGCCCUCGCAGUCAGCGUGCAAGCUUCCUUCCCUUCAUCUGAGAUUUUUGGCAUCAAGCUUGUCAACGGUGAAGCAUCUCAAGCUUUGAUAUCCUUCACCAAUGAUGAAGAAGUCCCUGUGACAGUCAACUUCAUCGGUGGCUCUCUUUUGACCCUUGAUGAGUCUGCCACUCCUGUGCGCAAUCUGUCAACUGCCAACUAUGGUGUCGAAAUACCGGCCGGAGAAAAGCAGACCCUGCCAUACAGCAUCACAACGGAGAUGCAUCCUCAGGACUUGCGCUUGAGCCUUAUCUCCGUCCUCAGUAAAAAUGUCACCCAAUUUUUUACCGUCCAGGCUUUCAACGGAACUGUCAGUGUUGUCGAACCAGAAACCAGCAUCUUUGAUCCUCAGAUCAUCUUCCUUUACUUCUUUAUCCUUGCCUUCUUUGCCGGCAUUGUCUACUUUUUUUACAAUGUUUGGGUUGCACCGUAUUUCCCCCAGAAGCGCCGCGGCCGUGGUGGUGAUUCAAAGAAACCUACAAGUGCUGCCAAAAAAGUUGACUCGGAUGCUUCACCAGUUGAUGCGACUUCUGCUGGCGCUGCAUCCGGCUUCAACUCUGAAUGGAUCCCCGCCCACCAUAUCCAGAAGCCCGAAGCGCGUAAAGUCAAGGGUGCUCGAUCUAAAAGCCGCGCAUAA